GCUAAAAACAACUACCCAGCAAGAAAGCCAAAGUACAGCAAGAAAGCACUAUUCACAUUUAGGAUGUGAUUGUGAAGAUACUAGCCGGAAGCAAUCCUAUUGACAUGAACGCACCAUCCGUGCGAUUUUGAUCUAAGUACGUAUUCAAAGAGUUAGUUGUUUACCUUUUCAAAUUCAAGAUUUUCGUUUUGACAUUUUCGCCCUGUAAAUAAUCAUAUAUGCACAUCAAUCGACAGGCGGCGCAGCGUCGCACCUUCACAUUGUCUUGAUCCUUUUUCUAGUACUUUUGUGAAUUUUUUCUUUCUUGCUAUCGAGACAGAUUUCCAAAGAGAAAUUUGUUUUUCGGUGCAUCUUCAGUAGCAUCAAUGUCAUCCUCAUUGCGAACGCCGUGGUUGGGAGGACCUGGGCCUCUUCGCCUGCUGCUGUUGUGGCACGUAUUGACGUUGAGCUGCAGCACAACUCUAUUCGCAUCAGCGACGCAGUGCAGCACCGGUCUAGGGGUGCGUUUGCAUUGGCUUUCGGGUGAUUCGUGCGAGACGCAGCUUCUUGGGAAAGAGAGAAGCACAGCCUCACCACGCUCAGCAGAUGCAAGAAGAGGAGGUAAGGAAAAUUCAAGGCCGCCCACCGAUCAUGAAGUUCUGCCACGCGCACCAAUUGACGAUUUUGAACUUGACUUGCUGCUGGAUUCGGUCGAAUUUCAGAUCGGCCACUCCGAUGUCCGCCUGGUGCCGAUACUACAGCCAAACACGAGAGAACCAUUCCUCCCGUCCUGCCUUGCCGCAGGCGAAGAUAAAGUUGCAGCUAGUUCUACUUGCUCAAUUACUUCUUCGCCUGAUCAUGUUCCUUCAGCAAGAGCAGUAGAUGGCUGCGAUGAAGAUCCUUGUCAAGAACGUGGCGGAGAAAGAAGCCGAAAAAAUCCACCUAAAGGAGCAGCAUCACUGCCUGCGUUCACGGUAGUUCUGCUUGCCAACCCGGAGCUCCCGGAAGACUUUCGCAGCCUCGGUGCGUGGGCCGCGUGGAUACAACAACUCCGGAAGAAACCACUGAACCCCACGGCGCUGGACACGCUACUCGAGCUUUCCAAUCAGCAGUGCAGCAUUUGCCGGGGUAGGACGAGUUAUUUGCAGUGCGCGUGCUGCUCGUCGUGUUUUGGCACAACUCUCGUUCCGCAGCUUGAGAUUGCUAGUAGGGCAAUAGAGGAAAGCGGUGGAAAUUAUAAGCAUAGUCCCUGCUCCACCAGCAGCAUGAUAUGGCCCUGCUUGCCGUGUUUUGAUGGCAGAAAAAGGAAGUCCGUGUUAUGACUUGCUCAAACUUUACAAUUAUCUCAAGCGUUGCAAUAGAAUCUGGAAUUUGUGUUGCAUGAUGAGCAUGACAGACUCGCACAGCGUUCCACCUUUUGCAAUACAAAUUUCGCCAGAUUGUAUUGGGGUUUGGGGCCCCGGAAGGAACUUGUACUUGUCAUGCGCAAUCCUAUGAAAGUUGGCCUGAUCAUGCAGUCUUGCAUCACAGAUUUCCAUAUUCUGUUGUAACGUUUGAGAUUGUAACACCUAAGCGGGUUAUACGUGUCCAUGAGCAACCUCCCGGAAGUAUAUCACAGGAAAAAAGUGUUACAGUUACACAUUUGUUGGAAUUUCAGCAUCACAAAUUUGCUCUGCAUGGCAAAGAAAACUUGUAAUGCGCAGACUAUAAGGGAAAACAUGAGGCUGGUAAGCGUUUCCUGCAUGACAGAGCUUGUCUGUCUUGCUUGGCCUGCAACACAAUGUGUAAGUGUAAAACUUUUUUCUUGCGAUAAAGCACGACCUGAGUUUACUCCGCGAGAAGAGGAGGCGCACCAGGCAGGUUCAUCCGAGGCUACAUCCGGAGCAACACGUGAAGGCGCGGACAUCACAGCAUCAGUAGAGGCUCGGUCUUUAGAACCGCAACCUUCCAGCCAAGUAGAAGCAGAGACUGCUCCUUCUUCACAAGCCACAGCUACCAGACCACCGCGUAGUAGAAAUGCCCUCUCCGCGUUCCUGACGCCUUCCCCGAGCCGUACUCGGCGGCGUGCGAGCACAGGGGUUGCGCAUCAACAGCACCUCCAGCCUGUCGUUUUUAAAGACCUGUUUUCCACCCCGUCCGCGUCGACACUGGGGUACUUUCGAAUAGCUCCGUUCUGGACGCAGCUGGUGGACCGACUUGCAGCCGAAGUUCUACUUGGGAACAAAGAUGAAAUUCAAAUUUCGGAACUACACUCUGAAGAAGAUGCAGUUGUGAGCAGCUUUUUCUUGUCGUCAAUCACAAUCGAAGGCAGGAUCAUUUCGCCCGGUUUUUGGCGGCGAGGACCCCCUUCACGAGCUGCAAGACAUGUGGAGGGUGCAGGAGUAGAUGCAAAAAACGAUUUUCAGGGGCAUUCUCAUUCCGCAGCGAACGCAGCAGGUACUACUCCUCGUGCACGUACCUUUACCUUUAGUACCUCCGAUGGAGACGCCACAACUUCAGCUGCAAACCGUGGUUUAAAACAGCAAGAGCAACGACUCUGGUCCUCUUUCCCGAACCGACGCGACUGGGUCGCAACCCAUACACUCAGCGAGCGAGUAGAUCUUAUUGCUGAAGACGAGAGGAGAAAUAAUCCAGAUCCCCGAGCGCGAGGUGGACUACUGCAGCGUCGUGCUCUUCCAAGAAACGCCGGGAACCACGAGGGCUAUCCUCUCGGCGAGGAGCAACGAGAUGACGACCACCGAAGGACGAGAUUGAAAAACCUCGCUGCCCACAUCUCCGAAGCUGUGAACAGGCAGCACCAGAAGCACGAUCCUCGCGUCUCCAUCGACCCACGGGCUUUGUUUACCGUCCGGCGCGACAAUCAGUAUGCAUUUGGGAACUCUUUUGCCGAUCGUGAGCGGUCCGAGGGCACCUGGACAUUGCUGUUUCAACCGGAAAUCAACUUAGAACGCGAAAAUACAACGGGUCGAAGUGCUGCGCGAUCAGGUUUUGUUUGGGGGCGUUCGGGUAAUGUAAGAACAAACGAAGCAGAAGUCGAAGACGAAGUAGGAGCCCACGCAGAACCAGCACAGCAGGGACACACUAGGACCAAACACGACACGAUCACAAACGCCUCUUAUUUCGACUCCCUGUCCGAACUAGAGAUCCGGCUGACCCUCAGCAACGAGCACGAAUUUCGGGACGCGGAGCGCACAACCGUGGGAUUGACAAUUACCAAGUAUUUUCCGCCUGAGACCACAAAGGACACGGUGCACGAACAGGUGCGACAGGUUUUUCUUGUUCAUCCGACAGGGCGGAAUUCGGUUCUUGACGAGAACGUGGAGGUAAAGCAACUGCAACACCGGCCUGAAGAUGACAUUGCCGAAGAAAUCGACAUGGACGAUGAUGCAGAAAUUGGAGACCGCGAUGCCCUUAACAUCCGGAACGCUUUCCAAAACAUGCACCUGUUUUGAUCUAGACCAGGACCACUCACAGAUAUAUAAUUUCCAACGACCACCUGCUCUGGUCGUGCUGGUGUAGACGUGGAAAAAUCAUACUAGCAGUAGCAAAAAGUACCUGCGAAGUCGGUGUACCAGUACACUUUACCUUCUUUCACAUAAGUUGAAGAAAGUUUUGAACGAAGGAACUUUGAGAUGUUGAUCCUGCCUAGAAGAGGGGUGGGACUGCGCAAUAGUACAUGUCGAGCAAUACAACCAUGACUGUGUAUCCCUCUCUUUGUUAUAACGAAGAUGUAGCUCUUCAGGGUCCUCGUCUCUACCUUUCGCCUAGUGGACCAUGAACUGGAAUGUUUCUGAUAAAGCUUGUUGUGUGUAUCCAGUGAAUUUCAUAUGAAAGAUUUUAUACGGAAUGAAAGUGGAAUGGAAGAUUUCCUGUAAGAUAUUGCUGCAGGCGACAACGCAAGUGGAGUAUUGCCGUAU